AUGGUGCACCUUGUCUCCGAAACGUUGUCCGCAGCGCCAAACGUACAGCCCGGAGACGGAAACGUUGUACUGCGGUGCGAGGAGGAAGAGGAGGAGAAGGAGGAGGAGGAUACGAUGGCCACCAGUGGAGACUUUGAGGUCGUCGUAAACGAAGAAGUGCCGACCGAGGAUUGGGCGAAGAUCGACGAACCGGCCACACAAGCUGCAGUGUCUUCACGCGGGCGGGUCAGGCGAUUGGCGGCCACCGCGUGGAGAGGAGUGAAACGGGCCGGACGAGCAGUGAUUUGCCUGGGUUGCUGA